AUGACCAAAGCUAUCACUACUUCAAACCUCACAACCUCAAGCUUCAACCUCGAUGCGCUACCAAACACAAUGAAUGCGCCACAGACUCUCCUGCGCAGUCUGCGCGCCUCAAGACAGAUCUCUCGCUGCACAAGACUCACGAAUGCGCCGCCAAGGAGACCAUUCACAUUCUCCUUCUUCCGUCGCAAGAAGCAGCCCUCGGCCGACGACCCAGAAUUCGUCUCUAUUCUUGAUGGACCGCCUCAGCUUGUGCGGGUAGGAAAACGCCAUGGUCCUGGCUUACUUGUCCUUGCUUUCAUCCCAAUCACAGCCUUUAUCCUUGGAACAUGGCAGGUCCAGCGUCUAGGCUGGAAGUCCGAACUUAUUGCCAAAUUUGAAGACCGUCUCAUCCGCGAUCCUUUACCCCUCCCACCUACCAUUGAUCCCGAUGCUAUUCACGACUUUGACUAUCGCCGCGUGUUGGCAACGGGCCAUUUCCGACAUGACCAGGAGAUGUUGAUCGGACCGCGAAUGCGCGAUGGUACGGAUGGAUACAUGGUUGUCACACCUUUAGAGCGUGAGAACGGCACGACAAUUUUGGUGAAUAGGGGUUGGAUCGACAAGAAGCAUAGGGAUAAGAGGACAAGGCCUGAUGGGUUGCCAACGGGUGAGGUCACAGUGGAAGGACUCCUGAGAGAGCCGUGGAAGAAGAACAUGUUUACGCCUGACAACCAGCCGCAGAAGGGCAUGUUUUAUUUCCCGGAUGUGAAGCAGAUGGCUGAGUUGACAGGCAGCCAGCCUGUCUGGGUCGAGGCUACGAAGGAACCCGAAUACAUGCAAAUGGUUGACUACGAGGCCCGUGGUAUUCCCUACGGCCGCGCUCCAGAGGUCAACCUGCGAAACAACCACGCCCAGUAUAUCUUUACCUGGUACGGUCUUUGCUUCGCAACAUCCAUCAUGCUUUGGAUGGUAGUCAAGAAGCCCGCAAACGACGUUGCUCGUCGUGUGGCCCGUUCAAGGGGCCUGUAA